AAGCUAGCCCAUGAAGCACAAGGCCAAUAUAUAGUUAAAUCAUCACAAGCUAAGUUACGACACUGGCAAUUAUUUAGAAUCCCAAUUAAAAUGCCCUUCCUCCGCUCUACCACAAAACCAAUCUUCUUGUUCAUCCCAAUACUGUUGAUAUCAUUCCUUCUUUUUCUUUCUAAUGUCUCUGUUGUUGAAGGUGAAUGUACAGAAGAGAAGAAUCACACAUUGAUAAUUGGAGUUCCGGCCAACUCCCCUUUUAAUAACUUUGUGAAGAUAACGCCCAGUAAUUCUAAGAAUCCAGACGAGAAGAGUUACUCCGGUUUUUGCGUUGAAGUUUUUGAAGAGGUUCAAAGGAUAUUGGGUUAUGAUAGACCUUACGAAUUUGUGGAGUUCAAUGGGACGUAUGAUGAAUUAGUUAAAAAUGUCGCCGACAAGACUUAUUGCGCUGCCGUAGGCGAUAUAACAAUAACAAAGAAGCGAUGGAAGAACGUGGAAUUCACCGUACCAUUUACAGAGUCGGGCGUGUCGAUGGUAGUGCCAGUGAAGCCCGGCCCGAAGGAGUGGAUUUUUCUGGAGCCUUUCACUUUGGGAGUGUGGUUGGCUACAGCGGCUGUUAUGGUCUACACUAUGUUUAUAGUUUGGUUCGUCGAGCAUCGGGACAAUCCAGAAUUCAGUGGUCCCAGAUGGAAUGAUCAACUCGGAAAUGCUCUUUGGUUCACCUUCUCUUCUCUUUUCCUUGUUCACAGGGAGAAGAUUCAAAGCAACUAUGCUCGUAUUGUGGUGGUGGUGUGGCUUUUUCUGGCAUUGAUCUUAACACAAAGUUACACCGCUAACUUCACGUCAAUGCUCACAAUCCCACGACUCCAACCGAUACGCUGGUCUCCUACAACAAAAGUCCGUUGUGAGGGUGCUGAAUUUAUGUAUAAUUACGUUAAAAAGGUGCUUCACUACCAGAGUGUGAGUCCCUUCACUUAAGAAGAUGAGUAUCUACGGGCGUUCGAGGUUGCCAAUAUCUCAGCAGCAUUUCUUGAGAUUCCUUAUGCGAAGGUUUUUGAAAAUACAAAUUGCAAGGAUUUUACCAUGAUUGGAACCAUAUACAAAUUUGGAGGAUUUGGCUUUAUAUUCCAAAAAGGUUCUUUAUUAGUUUCCAAUGUCUCGGAAGCCAUUCUCCAACUCUCAGAGGAUGGGACUCUGAAAAGGCUAGAAGAGAAGUGGUUAACUCCCAACAAAGCGUGUUUAAAAUCUUAUCAGAAUAUGAC